UCUUUGAUUGAAUGCAUAUAAAGAACAAAGAAAGGAGUAUUCAAGAAAAAUCUCAGAAAAUAAAAAAAGGUAACAUUACAUAAUAUUCAAACCUAGAUUCAUAAUUUAAAAAAAUAGAGUACACGACUAAAAGGAUUUACAAGAAAUAAGGCUUCCGUUCUCAAAUAUUAAAAAGUGUGGGAGAAAUGCAUACCUCCGCAAAGGAAAUCAAUGAAGAAGAGCAGGUGCAACUUUCAGCGCAUGAAAAUAUUUUCAAUCCGCUUUCAGGGAAAAUUGACGUGAAUUUGGGUGCCGCGGCUUCUCCUGAGGACAAAACCCACUCACCCAACCCUGUAUGUCCCCCAAACCUUCCUAUCGAUACAAUCCAUUUUCGCCCGUCAGGAAAAGGUGCAGCGUCCUUGGUUCAAACCCCACGUGAGGACCUUCUCACUGGCGAGGUUCAAUCAUUUCGCGAUUCAAACAGCAUCGCUCGCGGCUCGUCUAUUGGAGCGGCCUAUAGCAACGGUAAGCCAAUUCGUGAACUGAGCCAUCAUACUCGAGAGGUCUACAGGCAUGAUGGAUAUCCCUUAAUGCAUACACCAAUGGAUAUUCCUCGCCACAGCGUCGAUCUACCCGUACCGCUUCACGAGGACAUUAGUUCCCUAAAAACGCCUAUCGACAGUGAAGCUGAGUGUAACCGGCUUAACAUUCAUAACGAGGGUGUUUCUCCUACUUCCCAGGGGGCUCUACUGUCGUCUGAAAAACAGACGGGGCAGACACCUUUUUUGGGUCCCCCGAUGACUUCUUUUGAGAACAUCACUAUCACAAGGCGUGCCAAUUCUGGUCUUUUUCCUCCUAGAAACACUUCCGAAAGACUCGAAUCUAGCAAAUACCCGUUAACCUCAUCACGGAGGAACCACCACUACAAAUUUUCCCGUAGAACCAUGGCUAGUUUGCUCCCGCCACCCGCCCCGGAGGAGCGAGUAGCGCGGCGACUGCUUCAAUCGCCUAUCCCCGAGUUCACUGAAGGGGCUGCACCCCAACCUGACGACUUAGCAUCUCGCCCCUACCACCGUAAACCCCUGGUGUCGCCGUCCUUGAAUGACCCAAAGGGCUUAUUCGAGUCAAUGCCGUCACGUUUUCCAUCUCAGGGUUACGGAACACGUCGUACGAGGUUGCCACCACCCCCGCCGUUACCCGAGACGCGAUACUCGGAAGACCGGCACUCUGAUAUCGCUAAUGUUGCUCCUUCGCGAUACGCGGACCCCUGGGAGCAGCACUCCUACACUUCGAGCUGCAUGCGUGACGAUGGUCGGGUGCUGAAUAACUUUUUUUCCAAGCGGUGGGAAGAGCAAAAACGUAAGUAUUCCUCGCAUAAUGCGCCUCAAAACUUCACCCAACACAGUCUAGCAGGGUCCUCUGCAGUCCCAACGAAGGACAGUCGCAUGAAUGCACCCAUUGAACUCUGGAAGAACGUUAUGAAUAGGAGUGACACGUGGUCGUCUCGCACCCAAAAGCUUGAGACCGAGAUUCCCGCCUUUUCGUCAGCCAAUACGAUCUCAAACCACUUCGCAUCCAAGCCAUCACACAAUCCCAAGCUCCAGCCGCCCUAUGAUAGUAAUGAAAAUGCCGUUGUAGGGCGUAAAGCUGGGCCCAUCUCAACCGUGAAGGCUUCUCACGCGCAGCGUAGGCCUCGUUCUCGGUCUAUUGAUCUUGACGCGCAGGACGAAUCACUGGGUGGAGGUCCAUCCUCUUUUUUCUCUACGACAAACAAUCUAGGCUCAAAAGAAGGGAGGGAACGUGGUGCAGCAUCACAUGUUUGGGCUUCUACCGAUGAGGGACGCAUGGAAAGUCGCGAUGGGGUGCAAAGCAAACCGCAGCGCUCGUACCGGAGUUAUGUCGAUGAAGGCACGCACGCGGCGCCCAAAGAGAGGUUUGGCGUACCGCCCAGUAAGGGAGUCUCUGUUCAAAACGCCGAGGGCGAUGACGUCUCUCUGCACAGCCAAACCGACACCAAUCGCAAGCUGGACUUAAACAGCGUGGCAGAAGAGAGAGUUGGCUCUGCUGAUGGAGACCAAAACACCACCAGACUCCGAGAGCAAACCAAAGCUGAGGCGUUGGCUCGGCACCUUGUCAGGGCUAUCCAAGACCGAAAAAUUCUCCAAGAAAAUGUCGAAGAGCUCGAGUGUCUUGUCGAGGAGUGUAAUUUUGAAAUUGGGAGGUUGCACAAGCUCAUGGAGGAAAAGGAUUCGGGUGUGGUCGACACUCAGGUCCUAAACGCCACAUUGCACGCGAAAGAGCGAGAGGUAGCUCUGUGUGAAGAUGAAAUUAAGCGGCUGAACAGCAUUGUCGAGCGACACAUGGAUCGGCUGGGGAUGCGCGAGGACGGUGUGAUAUCGAAGCUACCUAACGGCAGCUUGUGGAAGCAAGCCAUGGAGCUUGACGUGAUAGUUAGCGAGGUAGGUGUAGCCCGCGCCGCACAGCGCGAGGCAGAGGAUCGCGCUGAUCUUCUAGCCAGUGAACUAGAGGCCGCUGUUGAUAAAAUACGUGCACUGGAUAAGCGAUUAGUCGAGAUGGAGCACGUUGCAUCGACGCAUCGGUUGCAGGUAAUGCAAAGUCGCUUGGGACUCGAAAGCGAAGACUCCAGGCUUGCCACUAGUGGCGGGACGGAGGGCAGCAUGAUCCCCCUUCCAACUAGUGGGGAAACGGCACAGUGGCCCAUGGCAGCGCGACGAGUCUUGAAUCGUCUUGCCUCACAUGCGGAAGGACUUGUGGUGCAAAACUCUGAGAGCUCCCGUCACGCGUCCCUGCAGAUUCAAAACCUUGAGCAAUCCUGCGAGAGGUUUCGGCGUAAAUUACAAAUGAAAACUAACGAGCUGCGCCAAUUACAAGAUGAAUGCCUUUCUUUGCGUAAAGAAAAGGAGAUGCUACGCUUGUGUGGUACUCAGUGGUAUGGGCAGUUGCAGGGAGUGAAGGAAGAGGCGCAGUUGGUAUCCGAGCUUGUGCACAUCUCCAAGGAUAACGCCGAGGAGGCGGUUCUUUCUUGCAUAACAGCGGAGGCGCAGCAGGAUGUACUAACUAAAGUCCAUGCACCUGGGACCGUAGUCGUAUCACAGGCUAAACAAUCCGCGCUAAGUACGUGCAAAGAAUUCGCACAGCAGGUUGUGAAGGACAUGCAUGUGGUGUCUCGGUUCUUGUCCGCUCUACGAGAGAUGGACAUUAGUGAAAACAACGGCUACCAGAUCUUACGGAGCCUCGCUGAUGGGAAUGUCCCAGCCGAGAGCCUCUUUCUCAAAGAGACAACACCCAACAGGCACAACGAUCUGGCAAUUAAAAAAGAGAAUACGGUGUCUCUUAUCAAUCAAAAGAAAGACUUUGUGGUCCGGACCGUCGAGCGGGCUCUUGAAGAAGGCCUUCAAACAAAGUCGCAGGCUAGAGAUUCGAAAACGCAUACUCAUGGGCUCACAGAGGAAUCUAGGAAGUCAAGCAGGCACGUUUCGCGAAACGAUGCCCCAUACGAUCAUCGCGAAAGCACGGAAGCUAUGCCUCUUGAUGAGAUAGUCUUACAUGGCUACAAAAACGGUGAAUAUGACGACGAGAUCACGGAGGCUGAUAUGCUUGAAGAAACGGAUAGCCCUAACCUCAGAAAAAAGUCAACGAGGCAUGGCUUGGAGCUGGAGCUGCAGACCUCAUGGACUGCUAAAGGAAUAUGGGCCAAUAGUGAUGCGAAGAAAGUCGUCCAAUCAGCAUCUAAUGAGUUGCAGAUGCAGACGGCGGAAUUGCGACCUCCUCCGCGCAAUGGCAACGUUGAUGGUAUAGCUGAUGCGCACUCCCAACAGAGGCCUCCAUCGUACGCGCCUCGAGUCGAAGAUGAACGAAAGCCUGAUAAAUCCUUCAUAUCUCAACCAUCGCACUCAUUACCCAAUUCAGUCUGGAGGCUUAGCGACACCGGUGAUUUAAGAAGAUCGGUAAAAAUCUCUUACGGUACAACAAUUUUGCCCUCAGAGUAUGCACAUGGUUUGUUAGAGAAAGGUGAUCAUUGUCCCACAGAGAACCCCAUCAUGGCAGAUAACACCAUCUGUACUGGCUCGACGAUGCCGCUUUCAACAUCACAACGGAUGAGCCAGGCUAAUGAAGUAUUCCUCAGCCAAGUGAUGCCUUCUUGUGCAUCGUACAGACCGGAGGAGGGUAUUCUAGACGAGAAUGAUGGUUUUUCGAGUGGAGUUACGUCCCACACGCGGCAAGAACAUGUAUUGUCGAGUUUCGAAAAAAACUUCCCUGGGGUGACAGUUACGUUUAAUCAGCAAAACGCGCAGAAUUACGAUUUCACAUCCACGAAGGGUUUUCAUCCGGAGGUAAUGGCAUUGCAUGAAUCAAGUGUCCAAUCAGGAGGUUCUAAACGUUUUGUUGAAAACGAUACAAAGCCAUCAGACAUCGCCGAAACUCCUAAACCUACAGGUACAGUUGAUACAAAUAAAGAUGACGAGUCGCCCAUACUUCAAAGAAUAGACAAUACAUUUCACAGUAUUGGUACCUCAGAAACCGAAAACCCUCAAGUGCAUCGCAUCCGGGAUGAUUCCACGCCAACGAAGCUGACUAACGAAAAGGAUUCUAUCGACUCUCCGGCUAUCAAGUUUCCAAAUGCUAGAACGGGAGAAGACGAAUCUAGAAUCAACUCGUCCGCUUGGAAAGAAGAGUUAGAACAAGACUCACCAUCCAAUCCUCCCCGAGGGGCGGCCCCUUUGCUACCUCACGAAACAAACUCCAGUAGCAGUCCUUCAACAAGUGUUUUUCGUAUUGUUCAUAGCGACGAUGAAAGCGCCUUGUACGAUAUGCCACAACCCAUGCAGCCUAAGGAACGCAGUGCUACCAUGCCGCCACCAUCAUAUGGCGUUGAAGGCGGCAGCAAAUACGCCCCAGUGGAGAAUCUGACGGGUGUGCACGAGGCGAUACCACAUACCAUAGACGUUACUGCGCAGGGAGCAAGAGAAGCGGUGUCGUGCACAUCACUUUCUGGUAGCGUCAUGAACACGACCGGACCUAGUAGGCCGGCACAUGUGCCUAGAGAAAAAGAUCGUACCGAGUCGACAGUAACGGCCUCAGCGUCUUUCUCAGACUCGGCGACACAACGCUUCACCGCCUCUUCUGUCUUAAACACGACACUCUCAAAAUAUGACAUCAACAUACAAGGGUCUCAACACUUCUCAAACAGCGAAAAACAAUCACAAUCCUCGGGACUACGACUCUCUGACAACGACGACGAUGAUGAGAACAUGCCUUCAUUAAGUUUCUUUAACACUAACGACGGUGUAGGGCAACCGCAGCCGCCGCAAGUGAAUGUACAGUCCUUGGAAAUUAUGCGUCCAGAAAAUGUCGCAUUUGUAAAAGAUAACAACAAAAUCGGGGAAGAUCCGCCGCACUCGACGAUGUUGCCAUCAGAAUUGGUAAAGGCUAGUGCGUCACUGCUAUUCUUACGCUCUGGAGUCUUCAACCCAACUUCUUCCAUCGACGAGACUGAUGAAAUUUCAGUAAAAGUCCCGACUAAGGCGUUGCACCAGCAGCAGCCAGACCAUGAGCUUGCCAAACCACUCGCCUUGGUGAGUGACGGCAGUCGUCAAGGUGACGGAGCUAACCUUCCUCGCCAAACCUCUGUAUCGGACGACAUGGAUAGGCCUGCGCUGCCACGGUUACAACCCUCCCUCUCCGCUGCGGCGUCGUCCUUCGUGGCACCAAAUCCCGCCCAUGCGCCUCACCAAAACCCUGCCACGGUCAUGAACACGGAAAAAUCAACGCUGCCGCGGCGUGCGACCCCUGCCGCGCCGGAGUCUCACCCCGCCCUACGGCUCCGAAGUGAGUCCUCCGUCUUCGCGUGGUCGUCGGAGGGGGAAGGGGAAGAGGAGGAGAAGGCGCGGCGGCCUACCGCGACGCCAUCAGAAGUGGAGGCCAUGAGGUACCCCGACAACGAGCCCUCAGGGGACCGAUCAUCCCCCCCGCCCCCGGCCCCUUCUGAGCCCCAGGUGACCCCACCCUCUCAAGAAACGGGGGCGAAACGAAGGGUGGGAAGCUCCAGGGUCGCGGCGGGCAUCCCCACGGGCGGGGAAAAGGAGGUGAGCAGGGAGAUUCACCCAAGAACCCCUUUGAGACCGCGGACGCGGCCGAACCAAACCUCCCCACCCGCUUCUCUGCGCCCCAGGGAUGCGGCGGAAGGCCCCCUAAAGGGAGGAGGUCGUGGGGACGAGGAUGUGGCGGCGUUGGCUGCGGUACUAGCCACGGCUAUGGAUGACGCCGCAUCGAGAGCCACCGUAGAUGGGACGCAAGGGGUGAGUUUGAAAAGUGGGAAGGAAACGAAAUCGGACGCUGAGGACCAUGUGGCCGCCAUGGAAUCUGAUGCGGAGCGCCGUGCCGCUGUGUCACGUAUCUUGGAAAAGAUAAAAAUUAGGAAGGCAGAUGCUGGUCGGAUGUCUCAAAACACGGCGUAA